GGGGCGGCCCUGGGGCGGGCGGUGCUGCCGGCCGCGCCAUCGCGGGGAGUGCUGGCCCGAGAUGGCGGCGGCGGGAGGCGGGUAGCGGGGGCGCGCUCGGCCUGGCCAUGCACUUCUCCAUUCCCGAGACCGAGACCCGCGCCGGGGACGGCGGCGCCGCCGCCUACGUGGCCUACAACAUCCACGUGAACGGGGUGCUGCACUGCCGGGUGCGCUACAGCCAGCUCCUGGGCCUGCAUGAGCAGUUAAGGAAGGAGUAUGGCGCCAAUGUGGUCCCAGCCUUUCCCCCAAAGAAGAUCUUCACGCUCACCCCAGCAGAGGUAGAGCAGCGACGGGAGCAGCUGGAGAAGUACAUGCAGGCUGUGCGUCAAGACCCAACGCUGGGAGGCAGCGAGACCUUCAACAGCUUCCUGCGCAAGGCCCAGCAGGAGACGCAGCAGAUCCCCACAGAGGAGGUGGUGCUGGAAGUGCUGCUCUCUAACGGGCAGAAGGUCAAGGUCACCAUCCUUACGUCGGACCAGACAGAGGAUGUCCUUGAGGCUGUGGCCUCCAAGCUGGAUCUGCCAGAUGACCUGGUUGGCUACUUCAGCCUCUUUCUAGUGAGAGAGACCAAGGAUGGAGCUUUCUCCUUUGUGCGAAAGCUGCAGGAGUUUGAGCUGCCGUACGUGUCGGUCACCAGCCUGCACAACCCCGAGUUCCAGAUCAUCCUGCGCAAGAGCUACUGGGACUCGGCCUAUGACGACGAUGUGAUGGAGCAUCGCGUGGGGUUGAACUUGCUGUAUGCACAGACGGUGUCAGACAUUGAACAUGGAUGGAUCCUUGUCAACAAGGAACAGCACCGGCAGCUGAAGUCCCUGCAAGAAAAGGUCUCCAAGAAGGAGUUCAUCCGCCUGGCGCAGACCCUGAAGUACUACGGUUAUCUCAAGUUUGACCCCUGUGUCACCGACUUCCCCGAGAAGGGCUGCCACGUCGUCGUCAGUGCCGGCAACAACGAGCUCAACUUCCAGGUGCGGCUGCCGAACGAGCAGAUCAAAGAGGGCAGCUUCAAGGUCACACGCAUGCGGUGCUGGCGGGUCACAUCCUCGGUGCCGAUGAACAAUGGCCCUUCGGGGAGCAGCCCAGGGAAAUCCGAGGUGAAGCUGGAGUUGGCUUUUGAGUACCUGAUGAGCAAGGACCGGCUGCAGUGGGUCACCAUCACCAGCCCACAGGCCAUCAUGCUGAGCAUCUGCUUGCAGUCCAUGGUAGACGAGCUGAUGGUGAAAAAAUCGGGAGGCAGCAUCCGCAAGAUGUUUCGGCGGCGGGUGAACGGGGCCCUGCGGCGCUCGGACAGCCAGCAGGCUGUGAAGUCACCCCCGCUGCUGGACUCACCUGAUGCCUCCUGGGAGCCCAUGGCCAAACUCUCGAGCAAGCUCACUUCUGUCAGCCUGCGUGGGAUCAGCCACUCCAGCUCUGCAAACGACGUGGGUGCUAAUGACUUCCACGGCAAUUACGCCUUUGAGGGCAUUGGUGAUGAGGAUCUGUAGUGCCCCUUCCCAGGACAGCCCCAGCCCGAGCAAGGGCCUUCGCUGAGGAAUGUACGACCUGCAGCCAGGUUGCAAUCAACGUGCCUCUCACCUGCUACAACCACCUUUCCCUGCUCCCCGGGGCUGGAAGCUCGCCCCCAGCCCACCAUUGCCUUUGGGGUGGGGGCAGCUGAACUCCUCCCGCUGCUGGCUCCAGCUGGGAGAGGGCUUGUUUGACCUGAACAGUUUGCCCGGGCAGAGCCCUGGAGCUGCAGUGCAGGGCCUGGCCCAGCCUGGGGGCAGAGCAGCUCCUGUCCCAGCUGGGAAGGCCUGGCCCAGCCUGGGGGCAGACCCAGGCAGGCUCCAUAAUGCCAAAUUAGCAUUUAGGUUUGUGCUCCGAGACAGAGCGCAGUACGCUGUCUCAGGGGCUCCGCGCAGAGUCCCCUCUAACCCGCUCAUAGACGCCAGCAUAAUCUAGGCUUGUAACUACGUAUCUCCUGCUGCUCAGCCCGACAGAGCAUUAAUGGACAGUAACUGAUGUUUACACACUGCAACAAUGAUUAAAACGGAUCCUGAUUGGUA